GCCAAUUUUGUUCAUCUUUCUACCAACAUUCUCUAUCUGCUAUACUCAGCUCAAUAGUCCUUGAUAUAUCCAAUUCGACUGCAGAAAGAGAACACACAAAACCACCAAAAUGGCCAUCCACCCCUCCACCACCCCCUCCCCCACCAUCCCCAAAGCCUUCACCCUCAACACCGGCGCCUCCAUCCCCAGCAUCAGCUUCGGCACCUUCGCCAAUGAUGGCGCCCAGGGCUCCUCCUACACCGCGACGCUGCACGCGCUGGAAUCCGGCUACCGCCACCUCGACUGCGCCUGGUUCUACCAAAACGAGGCCGAAGUCGGCGACGCCCUGCACGACUUCCUCGCCAAAACCCCCUCCGUGCAGCGCUCCGACAUCUUCAUCUGCACGAAAGUCUGGAACCACCUGCACGAGCCCGCCGGCGUGGAAUGGUCGCUAAAAUCGAGCUUGUCGAAACUGCGUGUCGACUACGUAGACCUCUUCCUCGUGCACUGGCCCAUCGCGGCCGAGAAAGUGGCAGAGGGCGACACGUUCAUGCCGAAGAUCGGCGCGGACGGGAAAUACGUGAUCAACAAGCCCUUGACAGAGAACCCGGCGCCGACGUGGCGGAAGAUGGAGGAGCUGUAUGACUCUGGUCUGGCGAAAGCGGUGGGUGUCUCCAACUGGACGAUCAAGGGGCUCGAGCAGCUCCUCGGCUACGCGCGCGUCAAGCCGGCGGUGAACCAGAUUGAGAUUCAUCCGUUUUUGCCGAAUGUGGAGCUGGUCGAGUGGUGUCUUGCGCAUGGUAUCCUGCCGGCGGCGUAUAGCCCGCUUGGGAGCCAGGAUCAGGUGCCCAGUACGGGGGAGAAGGUCAGGACGAAUAAGGACCUGAUUAAGACGGCGGAGAAGCAGGGGGCGACGCUGGCGCAAUGUCUGUUGGCGUGGGGGCUGAAGAGGGGAUAUGUGGUGCUGCCAAAGAGCGCGACGCCGAGCCGGAUCGAGAGUAAUUUGAAGGUAGCCGAGCUGGGGGACGAGGGGUUUGAGGCGAUUGAGAGGGUGGCGAGGGGGAGAAGGACGAGGUUUGUAAAUAUGAAAGAUACGUUUGGGUGGGAUGUCUGGCCGGAGGAGAGCCAGAGUGCGUGAGGGGUGUUCGUUUGAUGUUGGGUUUGGGUAUACAUAGAGGCGUUUGAGAGCGAGUGGACACACCACGCUGCGAGUUAUGAAAAACUUUUUCUCUACAACUUCGGUAUGAAGCUCCUUGAGUUGAAUCAGAAGAGCUCAUCCGCACCCACUUGAUCCCCUCCUCUUCCUCCAGGAUGCAAACACCCC